GUUGUUGGUGAUGACAUGAAAAUAUUGUUGUUGCUGCUGGAGGCUGCGGAGACGGACAGGGAGCACCGAGCACCGAGCACCGAGCACCGGGCUGACGGCUCACAGAGAACACAAACCCGUUAUUUGUGUUUUUAUUUCAUAUUUUAUUUGUCACAGCAGCUGCGUGCGCGGACAGACGCCAUGUCGGUGAAUAUGGACGAGCUCAGACAUCAAGUCAUGAUCAACCAGUUUGUUUUGACGGCGGGCUGCGCCGCAGACCAGGCGAAGCAGCUGCUCCAGGCGGCCCACUGGCAGUUUGAGACGGCCUUAAGCUCCUUCUUCCAGGAGGCCAACAUCCCCAGCCACCACCACCAGAUGAUGUGUACUCCCAGAAACACUCCUGCCACGCCGCCCAACUUCCCGGACGCCAUCACCAUGUUCUCCAAACUUCGGGCGUCAGAUUGCAGCUCCAGUGCCGGCGGCAACGCCUCCCAGGUGUCCAUGGCGUGCUCCCCGCCGGCCCCCUCCUCAGGCUUCAGCUCCUUCUGGGCCUCCUCUCCGCCGAGUCACCAGCCCGCCUGGCUGCCACCGUCAUCGCCCACCGGCCACCACAUGCACCACCACCACUACCACCACCACAUGCAACAGACUCCCAUGUGGCCCCCCGUGUCUCAGCCCAGCGGCUCCCAGCAGACGCCCGUCGUAACGGCGCUCCAUGGCCAGAGAUGAGGCUGAGCGGCGGGCUGUGGGGGGCGGGGCGGGGGGCUUGGCGGCCAAAUGAAUCUGAUCUGGGAGGGGGAGGGUGGGGGUGUCUGAGGGAGGGGGGUGGAUGUGUGGGACGAGAGGACGUGGACAAAGACAAAGACACUGCUGUUUCCUCUCUUUGACUUUCUAAACUGAAGACGAGCACGUCGUCUUCAUCACGAGUCAUCAAGCCGAGGAAGAACCUGCAGGUCGCCAACGACAUCAUCAGACGUUUGGCGGGAAAAUGCAGAAACUCUUUUUUUGUUUUUUUGUUUUUCAUCAUCAAUGCAAAGAAACCCGACAGACGCUCGCCGAGGAGCCGAGUCAUGUGACCUGUCCGAGUGCUUUGUUUGUUUUUUAGAGAUAACGUGACUGGAAGUCGUCGCAAUAACCAGCAGAUAAACACAAGGGUGGAGAAGGUCGUGGAUGGAGAACGUGUACAGAGCAGAGAGGAUCACGUCUGAGCGACGUAACCAUAAAGUGGCGUUUUUAAUUUACAGCCAUAAACUCGGCGAAGUGCCGACACUGAACUCACAUCCUGAUGAUGUCACUUCCUGCCGCGCUGAAACUGAAAUAUUCUGCCCGCUGCUCGCUGACGUCAUCACGUCGCUCCGUCGGCUCAGUUUGAAUAAAUCAACAUUAUUUUAUAUUUUUAUACAAACCUUGUGUUCACGACACUUUCUGGCUUCCUGCAGAUAAAACGACCGCCGUCACUCAGGAAACGGGUUCAGCAUCUUCGCGCCGCAGCAGACAGAAUAUUUCAUUUAUCCAGAAAAAGCUUCAGAGCGGCAGGAAGUGUUGAACAGAAUCUGUCGAUCAGAGGCGACGACCGAUCGAUUCAUCGAUGAUCAAAAUAUUGGACAGCUGAUCGAGUAAUCGGCUGAUGAACUGUAAAGAAAAUGUUGGUAAAGUUUGCAAUAAUCAGAUGAUUUGAGGACGAGCGGCCGCGUCGAUCACGCCGUCUUGUUUUGAGUUUAGUGGCGCCGCGUUGUGGCGUGGGUUUCCUGCAUGACUAUGAGGCAGUUUGUAAAUAAAACCUCAGCCAAAAGUUUCCACUUCCUCCUCCGAUGACACAAAAGACGCACAUAAUUCUGAUUUUAAGAAUAUUUUGGACGCGGAUGGCGUCUACCUCCGCCAUGUCUGUCUGUCUGUCUGUCUGUCUGUCUGUCUGUCUGCGGGGGGGUUAGAGGCCAACUCAGUGAUUUUCCACACAACCUUUCAGACGCUCAACCACUCCUACCUCUGUCUGUCUGAAUGGGAGAGGCCGCUCGUGCUCUGAAUGUAUCAGACAGGAUCAAACAAGUCCAAACAGCAGCAGCUCGAGGACGGACGGACGCCUCAGCAGAUCUGAGCUCAGUCCAGAGUCCUGAAUGAUUGUUCAGAUCCACAAAAACCUCGAUGAGACUUUUUUUUUUUUUUUUCUAUCAGCUGUCCUCGUCUCACGUCCGUCGCACAGAAAUCACCUGCAGGUAGAAAUCAGAGUCACGUUCACGUGUUUGUGAAAGAGAGACAAUCAGCUGUUUCCUGUUUGUUUGUUCAGUUUCGGGGAGGUCGGCUCAGUGAAUAAAAUACAAACUCUUAUUUUAAGAAUGAAACUGAGUGGACGAUGUUUGUGCUGUCUGCAGACGUGUUUGACGUUUAGUUUCUCGUGUUCUCGAGCUGUUCACCUGUUCACCGUCUGCAGACUUCUCAAACACAGCGAGGUCCUUUUUAAUCAGGCGGGUGGACGAGUCGAGGUGAAGCAUGUUGAAUGUGUGAAACGUGCUGACCUCGGUGACGGGCUGUGUGGUCGCUGAACGAGCUGCAGGUUCGGGAGGUUUUCGGGGUCUUUGUACGAGCUUCCUUCGGAGUGGCUCUCCACGCCGCGGUGGGCAGUGAUCAUGGGGUUCUGACCCGUGUCCUUAAUGUAGGCAGUCACAUGAUUUACAGGCUGGGGCUUACCUCCCAUUCAACAUUUCUUUUGCUCUUACCAAGUGGAUGACGGUCUUUUGUUUCUCAGACUCACUCUGUUCUAAUCCAUGGCUCUUUUUAUAGAGAUUUCUCUCAAGUACUUUUGUGUUCAUUUCCUCUGUUGAAAUUUGUAUUUAUAUGUUUAAUAAAACAAGGUAUGAUCUGCUG